AUGGAGGAAGAAGACACAUUCAAAAAUAGGUUACUGAAAAGAAAUAUUGAUAUAUGGAUUGAAAAAUAUCGACCAGAAUAUUUAGAUGAUGUGGUGGGAAAUCCUUUUGUUAUAAAUACUUUAAAGAGCAUAGUUGUGUCAGGGAAUAUGCCUAACUUACUUUUAGCUGGUGCUCCAGGUACAGGAAAAACUACAAGUAUUUUAUGCCUAGCUAGCGAGAUGCUGGGUAACCAAGCUAAAAAAGCUGUACUUGAACUAAAUGCGUCGGACGAUAGAGGUAUUAAUGUAAUAAGAGACAGAAUAAAAAGCUUUGCUAAAGAAAUUAUAAGUUUACCUCCAGGAAAGCACAAAAUAAUAAUUUUAGAUGAAGUAGAUUCAAUGACAACUGCAGCUCAGCAGUCUUUGAGAAGAAUCAUGGAAUUGUAUUCAGAUACUACGAGAUUUGCAUUGGCUUGUAAUCAAUCAGAAAAAAUAAUAGAUGCUCUACAAAGUAGGUGUGCCAUAAUUAGAUACUUCAAACUAACUGAUGACCAGGUUUUAAAAAGAAUAUUAAAAAUAUGUAAAUAUGAAAAUAUAAAAUACACAGAUGAUGGGUUGGAAACAUUGACCUUUAUUGCAGAUGGUGAUUUAAGAAAAGCUGUUAACUGCUUACAGUCAACUUAUGCAGGAUUAGAAAUUAUAAAUAAAGAAAAUGUGUUAAAUAUUUGUGAUAUUCCAUCCCCUGAAAGAAUUGAAAAUUUAUUAAAAUAUUGUAUUAAUUGUGAAUGGAAAAAAGCACAUGAUAUUGCUUAUGAUAUGAUUAAAGAAGGACACACACCAUUUGAUGUAGCAUUAACGUCGUCAAAUGUUUUAAGGAGAUAUGAUCUUGGAUCUGAAGCUGUUCAAAUAGAGUUCUUAAAAAUUGGUGCAAUGGCAUGUAAUACUAUGGCCAGUGGAUUAGCUAGUGUAAUACAACUGGAUAAACUGCUUGCAGAUUGGUGUAUAGCUGCAAAAACAUUUAGAACCAAGUGUUAA